CCGUUGUACCUAAUAUCCUCCACCAUCCUCUUCAAUGGCUCUCCGGCUCUCCUCUCGCCUCCCCAUCUCCCUUGAGAAACCCAGCAAGAGAUUCUUAAGAAGCCCUCGAACAUUUUUAUUGCAAGUAACACCCCCAAACCUCUCAUCCUCCAAUGAGAGAGGAGGAGGAGAGAGGAGGAGGAGGAGGAGGAGGAGAGCUUUAGCGAGCCAAGCAGUGAGUGAGGAGCAAACCAAACAGUAUUCCCCUUCAUCUCCAUCCUCUUCAAAGGUUGUUCUUGUCGUCGGAGGAACCGGAGGAGUGGGACAGCUAAUUGUAGCAUCCCUGCUAAGCCGAAACAUCAACUCGCGCUUGCUGCUCAGAGAUCCUGAGAAAGCAAUGUCUCUAUUUGGUAUACAAGACGAGGAACCUUUAAAGAUAUGGAAAGGGGACACAAGGAAUCCUAGUGAUUUAGAUCCAACUAUAUUUCAGGGGGUUACACAUGUGAUUUGCUGCACGGGAACCACUGCAUUCCCUUCAAAACGCUGGGAAGGAGAUAAUACACCUGAAAGAGUAGACUGGGAGGGCAUUCGGAAUCUUGUAUCGGUGCUGCCUCCAACUAUACAGAGAUUUGUUCUUGUCUCAUCGGUUGGCGUCACGAAAUUUGGUGAAUUACCAUGGAGUAUCAUGAAUCUAUUUGGAGUUCUAAAGUUUAAGAAGAUGGGGGAGGAUUUUGUUCGCAAUUCUGGCCUUCCUUAUACCAUUAUCAGGCCUGGAAGAUUGACUGAUGGACCUUAUACUUCUUAUGAUUUAAAUACGCUUAUUAAAGCAACUGCUGGAGAAAGGAGAGCAGUAGUUAUAGGCCAAGGAGAUAAACUUGUGGGCGAGGUUAGCAGACUUGUAGUGGCAGAAGCCUGCAUACAAGCUCUCGAUAUAGACUUUACUAAGGGACAAAUAUAUGAGAUCAACUCGAUACAGGGAGAAGGACCUGGAAGCGAUACGGAGAAAUGGAAGGAGCUUUUCAAAGCUGCAUAA